UGGGUGAAGCAUUACGGCGCGCGCAUCUGGAGCUUGUCCGGUUUUUCUAUUUAAGAAAGGAAAGAAUAGUCAAUUGACAGAGAAAGAGAGAAUCAAAGACGUUCUCUCUCUGCGCACACAAGUCUGAACGCCUAUCCUAUUUCAUUGAGAUUCUGGUGAGAUACAGAGAGGAGGGGAGUUACUAUACUCGUGUACUCACAUUUUCAAUACCCACACACCUUCGUCACAUGAAAAGGAGAGGAGAGAAAGAUUGAAUUCGUCUGUCUAGAUUAUUAUUGUUAUUAUCAUUAUUUACUUUCCUCUUCCAACCCAACCCUUCCUUCCUUCAUCUUCUUCUUCUUCUUCUCUCCUUCAACUAGUUAUGGAACCCAUCAAAUCUCUCUAACCCAUUUCCUUUUUCUCUCUCCUUCUUAGUGCAACGCAUCUUACCUAUUUUUUCCCUUCUACCCAUUUCUUCAAAUGGCUUCGUUUCAUCUCUAUUUUAAGAAGAGGGGAAAAUAAAAAAGAGAGGAAGAGGGCUGGAAGAGGGAGAAUACAUUUGCGGAGAGAGCGAGGGAGACCCCUCUUCAGCUCCUUCUUCUUUUGAAAAAAAAAACAAGAAAUUUUUUUCCCUUUCGUUUUAGACACCGACCGUCGAGGGAUUGAUAAAUCUAUCGAUCUUCGUAGCCGAUCGUCAUCGUCCCGUGUUAAUCAAGUUCCGAGGAAAUUUGCUAUUUUUUAUUCGAAAAUAUUGUGACGGGAAUUAAGGACGGCGACCCUCGUUUAGGGUUUUCUCAGCGGUUUUGGUGCUUAUAAAUUCUUGAAAAAGCUGAAGCUACUGCUCUACACCCCACAAAAGGAAAAAGGUCACUGAUCUCAGGUUCACCAGGGAGGUCUUAUAUGUAUUUCACUUCUUGUGUCUGAAUAUUCAAGGGGAAAACCAAUUGGCCCUAAUGCAAGGGCAAAGAAGCACUGUUGAUAACUUCCCUGAAACUUUUGAGUUUGAUCAUGGAUCUAGUUCAAGUAAUACUGGAGUAAAUCAGCAACUUUUUUGGAAUAAUAUGAUAAAUCCGGUAGAAAGCCGGUUGCCAGAGUAUAUAUUAUCCCCUGGUGAAACAAGUAUUAUGUAUGGGAAUGCUGUUAAUCCGGAUGGACGUAGCUUGAGUGGCUGGAGUUUAGGUGAACCUAGUUCUAGUGGAAAUGCACGAAGCCAGAUGCGUGAUGAAACAAAAACAGAACAUGGAUGGUCAUCUUCCAUGAGUGCUCCUGCUGGAGUCGGUUCAAGGCUAGAAGAAAGGCGAUAUGAACCAACUAGUAUUCUUUCUCUGGAAAGUGUUAAUAUUAACCUCAAUAGCAAUCAAGAUACAAAUGGGCCUUUGCUUUUGCACCACUCCAGUUCAGAUGGUAUUGCUCAGAACAUAAACCUAAAUGCAAGUUAUAUAGGAAGCAGUAGCAAUGGUGAUCAGGCCAUGGAAGGUGAUGCUAGUCCUCAUACUUUUAAUUCUGGUGGAUCAGAUAUGGAGCAGAUUCCAUCUGGUAGUGGUUCUUCUGAUCCUCUUGGGACAGCUGCUGGUUCUGGGUAUAUUUUGGAAGAGAAUAAUGGCAGACCAGGCUGUUCAUUGGAUGGUCGACGUUUAUCCUGUAAGAGGAAGGCCCUUGAAGGAACUUCUGGACAGUCUUCCUUGGGUGGAGGUCCAAGCUGGUUCCAGCAAGCAGACAGCAGUGCAUGGCAUGCUGUUGCUGCUAACAAUAAUGGUGCUAGCAGCUCAAGUGUACCUACUCCUCUGGAAAAUUCUCCAGUUAUUAAUCCUGCAGAGCAGUCAAUUCCAAGAUUUGGAGUUGGUAUGAGGGUAACGCCUGGAGGCCAUCCUGCUUUAAGUGUAGCUGUUGGUGGUGAAAGCUCCCAGAGAAAUUUCCGUGUGAGAGUUAAUCAUGCACAACCCCAAGAUUCUGUAUCACCUAAUCCAUUGUCGACAGGGAAUGCCAUACGGCAUUCUCAAGUUUGGUCAUCCCACCAGGCAUCUAGACUGCUCCCAUUUAAUCAGUCCUUAGAGUCAAGGCUGUCAUCAUUGCAGGCUAAUAUGAAUCACCUACAGAGUCAGUCUCAUGUAAUGCACAUUCCUGGUUUGGGACAGAAUGUGCACCCAUUUCCGUGGAAUGGAUCGUCCAAUUCCAGGGUUGGUAGUUUGUCAAACUCUUCUGUCAUUGCUGGGGAGAGAAGUGCUGCAUUACGAGAAGAAUCUAACCCAAGAAGCAUGCCUAGGACCAUCUCAGAACAUCCUAUGUUCAUACCAGCAACUGAGAUGAGAACUCUAGCCCAAGAUCCAACAAGUUGGAAUUUACCCAUUGGAAAUAAUGUAAACAUUCUUGGAAAUGCUGCUUCCACAUCGCAAAUUGGAUCCAGUUCAGGUGUCCAUCCAUCUGCCCCUGCCUGGAUACCUCACCCCAACCCUCCAUCAUUACAUUCACAGAGAUUAUCAGAGUUUGUUCGUCGUUCGUUGCUUAGCUCUGAGCCUGGAGCCCAGACUAGUCCUUUCACUGCACUCCGUUCAGGCCCUUCUGGUUCCUCCCAAGAAAUGGUGCUGCCUUCUGGAGCCAGUCACCAGGGGCAUCAUCGACCACAUUCAAGGUCAGCAUUCUUGGCAGAGAGACAAGGCGAUGGUGUUCUUGGAAUUCCCUUUUCAUUGCGGACUUUGGCUGCUGCUGGUGAAGGGAGAAGCAGGCUGGUAUCUGAGAUUCGCAACGUCUUGGACCUUAUGCGUAGGGGUGAGGGCUUGAGAUUCGAGGAUGUUCUGAUCCUUGAUCAAUCAGUUUUUUAUGGGGUGGCGGACCUGCAUGACAGGCACAGAGAUAUGCGGCUUGAUGUUGAUAACAUGUCUUAUGAGGAACUACUGGCACUGGAAGAGCGGAUUGGAAAUGUCAGCACUGGUUUGAGUGAAGAAACAAUUUUAAAGUGUUUGAAGCAACACAAAUAUUUGUCAAUCUCCAUGAGAGCUCCUACAGAGGUUGAACCAUGCUGUAUUUGUCAGGAGGAAUAUGUUGAUGGGGAAGAUAUAGGGACACUGAAUUGCGGGCACGAUUUCCAUACUGGUUGCGUCAAACGAUGGCUAACGCAGAAGAAUUUGUGCCCUAUUUGUAAAAUGACAGCCCUGGACACAUAAGAGAAGACCAUUGAUUUCAGGUCUUGCUUACUUUAGAUUUGCUAAAUAGGGUGAUCCCAGAAAGUGUGUUUCUUGCCCUUGUUUUAUUAAACCCAACACCGUAGUGGAUUAAAAUAUCUUGGUUUUCUUUCUUUA